AUGAGAGUGUUUAUAGGAAAAAAUCCAAGAUCGAUUGUCAUAUCGUCCAAUGGCUAUAACUUGUUAUUCCGAAGGUACCAUAAAUAUUCUUCAGUACAACAACAGUACUCAAAAUCAUCAACUGUGGUUAUUAAGUCCAUUCCAGAUGAAGCUUUGACAAAUGAGACCAUGUAUAGGGAAAUUCAAACAUCCCUCUUCAAUGGUCUUUUAGGUUUAGUAUCGAUGGGUGGUGACAUUUUCGUUGCGGUAAUAGCAGGUGUCCAAAAUGUGGGAUAUCCCAGAUGGAAACUAGAAAAAGAUAGAGUAAUUCCCUCCGAAAGUGUUUAUAAGAUACUAGAUGUUGAUUUUUACAGUGUCGAUAAUGAAGUUUUUGAUUAUCUUUUCUUGGAAAGGAAUGAACAGAACUACGAUAAACUAAUCCGUGAACAUCCAUGCGGCUCAUUGAAGAAGCUUUUCGCUGAUGGUUCAUUUUACUUUUCAAGAGAUUUUGAUCUUUCCAAUAUCGUAAAGAAUCAUGGAUUAUCUCAUAAUUUGGAGUAUACGAUUGAUAAUCAAGACUCUAGUUUUAUUUGGAAUACAAGUCUUACCACAGAAAUCAUCAAUUGGAGAAAUAGAAUUCCCAUCGAUGAAAGACAUGUUUUUGACAAUGCAGGUUUUUUGACAUUUGCUAUAAGGGGUUUCUGUAAGACUGUAUUAGUUGAAGACGGGGAGAAUACUUCUUCAAUUACAAUCAUAUCGAGAAUCUCGACAGAAAAUAAACAGAAUGCCUUUGAAUACGGGCUAAACGACCAAGGAGACGUAGCAAAUUUUGUCGAGACCGAAAUUGUCGUCACAACAAUAAAGUUCAUCUUUUCAUAUACCCAAAUUGAUGCAAGUGUUCCAUUAUUUUGGGAAUUUACUGAUAAUCAAAUAUUAUAUGGACGUAAAGUGAAAAUGAUAAAAUCAGCUGAUCAAUCCCAGAUAGCAUUCAAUAAACAUUUUGAUAAUUUAGAGUCUAAAUAUGGUGUCAUUUCCAUUUUGAACUUAGUUAAACCGAGAAGCGACGCUCAGGAGUCGUUGGCAUUAGCUUAUAAGCAAUGUGCAGAAUCCAAGGGAACGAAAAUAAUAAACCUGGAAUAUAAUUCGGGAAUAUUUAGUAAAUCUAAGCAUAAGCUAAUAUAUCUUCUCAAGCAAGAUAUAUAUGAGCUCGGUGCAUUCGCUUAUGACAUAUCGAGAGGUAUAUAUUUUGGUAAGCAAACAGGUGUAUUGAGAAUAAGUGCCCUUGAUUCAGUUGAAAAGCCUAUAAUGGUGGAGAAAAUAGUCAGCAGAGAGGUUUUGGAGCUGGCUACGCAAGAACUUGAGGGGUUUGAAAUAACGUCAACAUUUGUUGAUAUGCACGAUAAACUAUGGAUGGAAAAUUAUUACUGGUUAGAUAGGACAUACUCUAAAAAUAGUAAAAAUCCAAGCAAAUACGGAAAGAUUUACACAAAAUUGUUUAAUUCUCGUGUUAAAUUAUAUGACCCUUUACAUUAUUACAUUUCUCAAUAUUUAAAACAAAUGAGAUCCAAUUUUACUUUCGAAAAAGAUAUUACCAUUUUUGCAGGGACCUUCAAUAUUGGCGGAAAAAUAUCUCAUGAUGAUAUAUCUGAAUGGAUAUUUCCUAAGGAUAGCGGGCUUCACAAGCCAGCUAGUAUUUAUAUAAUAGGGUUAGAGGAAGUUGUUGAAUUGACGCCAGGACAUAUGUUGUCGACAGAUCCAUUUACAAAACAGUAUUGGGAAAAAAAGAUAUUGACUCUGUUAAACACAUCGAAUGGUGAAGAAAAAUAUGUCUGCUCGUGGAGUAAUCAGAUGGGUGGUUUACUUCUGAUGAUGUUUAUGAGCAGCUCCGAAUAUGUAAAGAUAAAACACAUUGAAGGUGAUGUUAAGAAGACUGGAUUUGGUGGGAUGGCAUCGAAUAAGGGUGCGGUUGCUGUCAGUUUUAAUUAUUCUGUUACCAAGUUCUGCAUAUUAGUGUCCCAUCUUGCAGCAGGUCUAGAUAAUGUAGAGCAGCGACACAAUGAUUAUAAAACGAUUGUGAAAAAUAUAAGUUUUGCCAGAGGGUUAAGAAUAAGAGACCAUGAUGCUAUAAUAUGGAUGGGUGACUUCAAUUAUAGAAUUUUAAUGUCUAAUGAGGAUGUCAGAAAUUUGAUAGCUGCUAAAGAAUAUUAUAAGUUGUUCGAAAAAGAUCAGCUAAAUCAACAGAUGAUUGCUGGUGAAUCUUUCCCUUAUUAUCAUGAGAUGGCUAUCGAUUUCCCACCUACGUAUAAAUUCGAUCCAGGGACGAAGACUUAUGAUACCAGUGAAAAGAUGAGAAUUCCUGCCUGGACUGAUAGAAUAUUGAAUAGGGGAGAAGUUUUAAAACAAAUAAGCUAUGGUUGUGCUGAAAAUAUUAUGUUUUCUGAUCACAGACCAGUUUAUGCAACCUUCACUGCUAAAGUGACUGUCCUUGACGAACAGAAAAAAGAAGCUCUAGCGUUGCAAAUACAUGAGAAGAUAAUGACAAAAUUAAAGGGUCUUUCCGAAGACGAUCGAGAUUUGAUCCUCAGUGAAAAGGAACCUUUAUUGGAAGAACUCGAACCUUCGGUGCUUGCCUCUGGAAUUAGUUCGGCAGCUUCAAUAUUCCUCUCAGAACAGAAAAGAGGUAAAGUUCUUCCUCCACCCAGCUCUGACAUCAAGAAAUGGUGGAUAGGGAAUGGUAAACAAGUCAAAGUGACUUUAGACGUGGAUCCUGAAACUAUGAUGAUCAAUCCAAAAAGAAAUCCAAAUCCUUUUAUAGAGGAUGACGAGAAUCUUUUAUUUAUUCCGAGACAUUCAAUUCCAUGA